CACUGACGGGAACGUGCUUUCUGUGUUGUGAUACGAUCCGUACAGGUUAUGGAGUGAUGAGUCUUGCGGUUCCCAUCACGUAAAUAUUUGGAUUAUUGAGAUCAUUACCAGCCACAGAGGCAUCGCUGGAAAUCCAUGUGUUCACGACAAAUGAAAGGAUGGAAUAUCUGGAUUUGAGCCUGACAUGUCUUAGUGCAAUCUCAAGACAUGUCGAUAAAAGUCAUAACGAACUCAGCAAGUAUCUCGCGAAACAGAACUGGACUCAGCAGGACAGGCAGCAUGUGUUGGAUUGUCUUGCUCACCUCUUAUUGGAAAAGGAAUACACACUCUUCAUUGCUCGACACCUGCGGCCACUGAUUCUGGACCUGUUGGAGAGAAAUGCUGAGAGGAUCAAAGUUGAGGCUAGGUUAAAUCAUGACCUCCAUGAGCGCUUGUGUGUGGCUCUUAGCAAACUUCUAAACAUCAGUCCAGACGCUCAAACGUUUGCAACAAGGUACUUCAAUAAUGCUCCACCGGUUUUCCAAAGACUCUUCUUUACCAGUGAGGAGUCUGCCUCCAUUCAUUAUGGACCCAGAAGGAUGAAACUACGGGACCUGAUGGGGGCCACCCUCCGCUUCCUCCAAAGUGACUGUGAGAAGUUCCGUGUCCUCUGGGACUGGAGUGCCUGUGUUUCACAGCUUCUCACCAGUGAUGUCAUGGUCAGAAGUUACACUGCCCAGUGCCUUGCCCUGGUGUCCCACAUGACAGACAACCAGAAAACAAUCUUUUUGAGAAAGGUUCUAUCUAGCGAAGAGAUUCUGCAUCUGAAAAUGAAGUCACUUGAGGAGACGCAGCAGCUGGAAGUAGAAAAGGCUUUGGUUUUGGCCAAUCAGGGUUCAGUAAUAUGGCGGAAGGAGAGGGCAAAUAAGGCCCCCCGCGGUCAGCUGAUGACCGAGGACCUAACACAGAGCGUUACCAUGGUCUGUGGGGUGAUUCUACCAAGGCGGACCCCUAGACAAGGGGAUCAGCAACAGACAAGUUUAAGUAACUUGGUGUUGGUGGAUUCAACCUGCCAAAAUCUACGGCGACUCGCCAUGGCGGUGGCUUCCCAGAAGCCCGUUCUUUUGGAAGGCCCCAUUGGAUGCGGAAAAACUGCUCUUGUUGAAUAUUUAGCUGCUGUUACUGGACACGUUAAAGCCCCUGACAUCCUAAAGGUUCAGCUCGGAGAUCAGACAGACAGUAAGAUGCUGCUAGGCAUGUACCGCUGCACAGAUAUUCCUGGGAAGUUUGUGUGGCAGCCAGGAUCUCUGACCCAGGCGGUCUCCAAAGGCUACUGGAUUCUGCUGGAGGACAUUGAUCAUGCUCCUUUAGAUGUGAUAUCAGUUUUGCUUCCACUUAUGGAGAACAAAAAGUUGACAAUUCCAGGGCGUGAGGAUUGCAUACAGAUGGCCCCAUCGUUCCAGUUCUUUGCAACACGAAGAACGUUCUAUAGUGGUGGAGCUUGGCAUCGACCACACAACACGCAUGCAGCACUUCUAGACAAAUACUGGAGUAAACUGCAGAUUGGCAACAUGACCAGAGAGGAACUUAAACAGGUCUUAAUAAAGAGGUAUCCUAAUUUGACUGUGGUGGUUGAUCGUCUUUUGGACAUAUACUGCCAGCUAACAGGAGACAGACACCAGGUCAGCUCCAGUCUACAGGGUCCUAGUGGACUCCAAAGCACAUCAGAUGAGCACGCCUUAACACUGGAGGGCAGAGGACUCUCCCUGAGGGAUUUGCUGAAAUGGUGUGAGAGAAUCUGCUUGAACUUUGACAACUCUUCUGCCUCCACAGCACAAAAUGUUUUUCUGGAGGCUGUGGACUGCUUCACUGCCAUGCUCUCCAAACCUGAGAGCAGACUCAGGAUGUCAGAGAUCAUUGGCAGCAAGCUCAACAUAUCCAAAGAGAAGGCCCAGCACUUCUGCCAGAUGUACCUGCCUCCCAUCGCUGUGACAGAACUGGAGGUCACGGUGGGUCGCCAGAUGUUACUUCGCAAGCAAAGCGAAGUGGUGCGGAUUAACAUAGAAAAACAAACUUUCGCUGCCACUCGGCCCUCAUCUGUACUUUUGGAGCAGCUGUCGGUGUGUGUUUGUAGAGGGGAGCCGGUCCUGUUGGUUGGAGAAACGGGUACAGGAAAGACCUCCACUGUGCAGUAUCUGGCUGGAGUGACAGGACACAAACUUAGAGUGGUCAACAUGAACCAACAGAGUGACACUGCAGAUCUGCUGGGAGGAUAUAAACCAGUGGACCAGAAGCUCCUCCUCUUGCCCCUGCGGGAGGCGUUUGAGGACCUCUUCUCGCAAACAUACUCACGAAAGCAAAACCUGACCUUCCUGGGCCAUGUGCAGACCUGUUUCAGAGGCAAACGCUGGCAGGACCUUCUCAAGCUCAUGGACCAUGUGUGCAAAUCGGCUCUAACCAAAGAAUUACACGAUAAACCCAACGCUGCUCUGCUGCAGGAACAUUGGGAGGCUCUUGCUCUUAGGCUCAGUCAGACACAGGAACAGAUUCGAGCCUGUGAAUCUGCGAUGGUCUUUGCUUUUGUAGAGGGGACUUUAGUCCAGGCAGUGAAGAAAGGCGAGUGGAUCCUGCUGGAUGAGAUCAAUCUGGCUGCAGCAGAGAUGUUGGAGUGUCUGAGUGGAUUACUGGAGGGCAGUGCUGGGUCUUUAGUGCUGUUGGACCGUGGAGAUACUGAGCCUCUAGUUCGACAUCCAGAAUUCCGUCUGUUUGCCUGCAUGAAUCCAGCCACCGAUGUUGGCAAAAGGAACCUGCCACUGGGCAUUAGAAACAGAUUCACAGAGCUAUAUGUGGAGGAACUGGAGAGUGAGAGUGAUUUACGGAUCCUUGUCUCGGAUUAUCUCAAAGGCCUCAACUUGAACAGAAGCAUCAUUCAUGGAAUCAUCAGUUUUUAUCUGGCUGUUCGUAAGGAGGCUCACACUCGGCUGGUUGACGGUACGGGUCACAAGCCCCACUAUAGCUUGCGUACUCUGUGUCGAGCUCUGAAGUAUGUGGCAUCUAACCCGUGCUACAACAUUCAACGCUCCCUCUAUGAGGGUUUCUGUCUCAGUUUUCUCACUCAGCUGGAUCGCAGCUCUCACCCCGUAGUGCAGAAACUGGUGUGUCAGUACAUACUAGGAGGAAAUGUGAAAUGUCUCAAACAGCAAAUCCCGCAGCCCAAAGCGCGUGUGUGUAUAAAGAUGGAGGAGUACUGGUUGAGUCAGGGUGAUUUGGAGCCUGCUUUGGACCCCAGCUACAUCCUUACACCUUCUGUCAAGCUUAACUUGAAAGAUCUGGCACGGGUGGUGUCUGCCGGCAUCCAUCCAGUGCUCAUUCAGGGCGAGACGUCUGUAGGAAAGACGAGUCUCAUUAAAUGGCUUGCAGCUGCCACAGGAAACCAGUGUGUGAGAAUCAAUAACCACGAGCACACAGAUAUCCAGGAGUACAUUGGCUGCUACUCAUCUGAUGAUCAUGGCAAACUUGUCUUCAAAGAAGGCGUGCUUAUUGAUGCCAUGAGGAAAGGUUAUUGGAUCAUUCUGGAUGAACUGAAUCUCGCCCCCACUGAUGUCCUGGAGGCUUUAAAUAGAUUGCUGGAUGACAACAGGGAGCUCUUCAUACCUGAAACACAGGAAGUAGUCAAAGCCCACCCGAGAUUCAUGCUCUUCGCCACUCAGAAUCCUCCUGGGCUCUAUGGUGGCAGAAAGGUGCUAUCGCGAGCAUUCAGGAAUCGUUUUGUGGAGCUACAUUUUGAUGAACUGCCCAGUCCGGAGCUGGAGAACAUCCUCCAUCAGCGCUGCAGCCUGCCUCCAUCCUACUGCUCCAAACUCAUCAAAGUCAUGCAGAACCUCCAGUCUUUACGUAGAGUAUCCAGUGUGUUUGCCGGAAAACAUGGUUUCAUUACCCUGAGAGACCUGUUCCGCUGGGCUGAGCGCUAUAGGCUGGAGGAGCAGAAUGACACCUCACAUGAUUGGCUGCAGCAUCUGGCAGAUGAUGGCUACAUGCUGUUAGCCGGCCGUGUCAGAAAGCCAGAGGAAGCUCUGACCAUCCAGAACAUAUUGGAGAAACACUUUAAAAGGACCGUGAACCCUGAUGUUCUUUUCUCAGAAGCUCAGGUCACCUCCCAGUUCAGCCCUUUUGUGGACAGUAUUGCGGGUGUCCCAGAAGAGUUCGGCCAUGUGGUGUGGACCCAUAGCAUGAGGAGACUGGCUGUGCUUGUGGGUCGAGCUCUUCGUUUUGGAGAGUCUGUACUGCUUAUUGGGGACACAGGGUGUGGCAAGACCACCAUCUGUCAGCUGUUUGCUGCACUAGCCUGUCAGAAGUUCUUCUCCCUGAACUGUCAUUUACAUAUGGAGACGUCUGAUUUUCUAGGUGGCCUCCGACCGGUCCGUCACACGGGAACCCAACAGGGUGAUGGCGAGGACGGACGUCUGUUCGAGUGGCAUGAUGGACCGCUGGUCCUGGCGAUGAAACAGGACGGUGUGUUUCUGAUGGACGAGAUCUCGCUGGCCGAUGACUCUGUGUUGGAGCGACUCAACAGCGUGCUGGAGAUUGAAAAGUCUUUGGUGCUGGCAGAGAAAGGCAGCGGAGAAAAUGAUGAAGUUGAGCUCAUCAUUGCUGGGAAGCAAUUCAGACUCGUCGCCACCAUGAAUCCUGGAGGUGACUUUGGAAAGAAAGAGCUGUCUCCAGCACUAAGGAACAGGUUUACAGAGAUUUGGUGCCCCCAGAAUAACAGCCGUAAUGAUCUGAUCCAAAUCAUCCAACACAAUCUGCGGCCUGGACUGUCUCUGGACCAACAUGACCAUCAAGGUAAAGACAUAGCAGAACUCAUGUUGGACUUCAUCGACUGGCUGACCAAUCAGGAGUUCGGGCGGCGGUGUAUUCUAAGCGUGCGAGACAUUCUGUCAUGGGUGAACUUCAUGAACACGGUGUGUGAGAGAGACGAGGAUGGAUUCAUGACCAUGGGUGAGCUGGAGGAGGAGGAGCCAGAAUGGGAUCUGCGAUUGGACACCGUAACAGCUUUCAUUCAUGCCGCAUGCCUUGUGUAUGUGGACGGAAUCGGUUCAGGAACCACAGUGUCAGCAGCAGAGAAUGCCCUGGUGGCCCGAAAGGCGUGUCUAGAGUACCUGGAGAAGAGAUUGAGCAGGAUUACUGAGCUGGAUGAAGAGAUGCAGGAUGCACUAAGAGUCUACGACAGCCGCGUUUCCAGAGAGCCCCAGUGGGGCGAAGACUUCUUCGGCAUUGACCCCUUCUACAUUGCUGCAGGUCCUGAGACUGAGGGCAGGAGUCUAUCGGGUUACACCUUGAGCGCGGGCACCACCGCUGUGAACGCUCAGAGGGUUUUGCGGGCACUGAAACUUCAGAGGCCCAUACUACUUGAGGGCUCACCUGGUGUGGGCAAGACCAGCCUGGUUGCUGCCUUAGCCAAAGCAUCGGGGAACCACCUUGUUCGGAUCAACCUGUCAGAACAAACUGAUGUUACAGAUCUUUUUGGGACAGACCUGCCAGUGGAAGGAGGAAAAGGAGGGGAGUUUGCCUGGCGUGAUGGUCCUCUCCUGGCUGCUCUGAAGGCUGGACAUUGGAUCGUCCUGGAUGAGCUGAAUCUGGCUUCACAGUCAGUGCUAGAAGGUCUUAACGCUUGCUUCGAUCAUCGAGCUGAGAUUUACAUUCCCGAGCUAGGCAUGCGCUUCCACCUACAGCAAGAGAAGACCAAGAUCUUCGGCUGUCAGAACCCUUUCACUCAGGGAGGCGGACGCAAAGGCCUCCCGAAGUCUUUCCUCAACAGAUUCACUCAGGUGUAUGUGGAUGCAAUGACAAGUGAAGACAUGCAGUUCAUUGGUGACUCCAUCUUUCCUAACAUUGACAACACAAUCAUCUCAAAAAUGGUGCAGUUAAGCAACCGGCUCAUCCAAGAGGUGACUGUUGAGAGGAAGUGGGGUCAGAGAGGAGGACCCUGGGAGUUUAAUCUCCGUGACCUCUUUCGCUGGUGUCAGCUGAUGCAGACGGACCAAUCACCAGGCUUCUUCAACCCCGGACAACAUGUUGGACUGGUGUAUGCCGACCGCAUGAGGACAGAGGCGGACAAAACUCAGGUGUUGGCUGUGUUCAGAAAGGUGUUUGGAGAAGACUUUGAGCCCUACAUGGGUUCCAGACAGUUCCAUAUCACACCUUUGAAUCUGCAGUUGGGAUACUCUGUUCUCCAACGAAGCGGAGGGGCACCUAUUGCUCUGGAUCCUCCUCUAUCCAUUACCCAUCAUUCUUUGCGUCCACUAGAGGCUCUGAUGAAGUGCGUGGAAAUGGGCUGGAUGGCCAUACUGGUGGGUCCAACUGCCAGUGGAAAGAGCAGUCUAGUGCAUCUUCUCGCAAUAUUAACAGGCCAUAGGUUGAGAGUGAUGGCCAUGAACAGCGCCAUGGACACAACUGAACUCCUGGGCGGCUUCGAGCAGGUGGACAUUAUUCGUCCGUGGCAGCAAGUCUUAGAGAGCAUGGACUAUGUAGUUGCCAUGGUGACGAGGCGAGGUCUGAUGUCAUUAGACGGGGCGGUGCAGGAUACAGAGUUUCUUUUGAGCACAUGGAGCACGUUCCGCAGCUGGUUGAAGGAGGAGGGUCUUGAUACUACAGAGGGCACUGUUACGUUUGAUGCUUUAAAUAAGUUGGAAGUCAUUAUUGCUCUGCUACAUAAACUCAACACCAAACUCAAGGUGUUAACAGAUAUGUCAAAGCUUCAGAUGGAUUUUACUCUGCUGAAGGAGCGUUUGGCUCAAAUGCAGGAUGGUUGGACUCAUGGGGGCUUCGAGUGGCUGGAUGGAACACUAGUACAAGCACUGCAGGCUGGAGACUGGCUGCUCAUGGACAACGUCAACUUCUGCAGCCCUUCAGUGCUUGAUCGACUUAACGCUCUCCUGGAGCCUGGCGGGUCAUUAACCAUUAAUGAACGAGGAAUCAUUGAUGGAGCUACACCCACUAUCACCCCUCACCCAAACUUCAGGUUGUUCCUCACUAUGGAUCCCACAAAUGGUGAAAUCUCUCGAGCUAUGAGGAACCGUGGAGUUGAGAUUUACAUCCCAGGCGAGCAUGAGGGAAUGUGCUUGGAUGAUCUGGAUCUAAAGAUGGUGUUACACACCCUUGGUGUGACGGGAGACUGUGUGUGUGACCUGCUUAUCUCGGUUCAUUCUGAGAUCAAGAAUGUCAUAUGGGACUCGCCAGCCUCAUCCAUGUCAACUCUGCUCCACGCUGCGUCUCUGCUGUCCAAUCAGCUCCAGCGUGGAGUGGAUCUACCCAGUGCCCUUCUGCAGGCCUGUGGGGAGGCAUACGCCUUCUGUCAGCGCACCACUGCCAGUCAGCAGCUGGCUCAGGAAGUCAUAGAGAGGCAGUUAGCGGUGCUGGAUUCUGAAGACUGGGGCAGUGGGCUGUUGUGUGCAGGCGUGUGGCCGGAUCGAAUCCCCUCUGCCCUGAUGAGCACAGAGGACUCUUGUUUCUCCAGCGUCCAAAGAGACGGACAGGUCCUACUGUACUGCCUCAACACUCUCAGCCUUCACGGAAAAAGGAAUCGUCCACUGAGCCUGGUUGACCUACAGAGGGCGAUGCAGAGUGGCACUUCUCUGGAGGGUCUGCAGUUUUCUGGAGGGGGAACGCUGGACGGUGGAGCGGAGAAUGCCCUAUGCCUCCUUCCCACUGCAGUCAAAAUAUUGACGGAAAGAGCAUCCCAAAGUGACUGGAUCCUCAGAACCAGCUGGCUCUCCCAGCUCACCAAAACUUAUAAACACACACCAGAUGCUGCUCUGAUGCAGAUGGAGGCAGGUUGCACAGCUCUGAAGUCUGUAUUCAGCAGCAAGCUUAUUGGGAAAGGCAAAUGCCUGGCGGAGCUCUUGCAGCCACACAGCACCGAUGACUACAGGAUUCUGAUAGACAUGCGCUGGAAUAAGCAGUACUUAGACAUCCUGGCCAACACAUGCAACUUUGAGGAUGAAGAGAGAUACAUGGAAUUCAUGGAAGCAUUGAACGCUGUUGCCAACAGAAUCAUGCUACUGAUGGACAGAGAGGAGAGAGCGGCUAUCAACAACAGUACUGCAAACACUUCACCUCAUAACUGCGCCCUUAGGCUGGCAACCGCCUUCUUCAAAGGGACGGUGGACAUCGGUCACCUGCCUCAUCCAGUGCUGGUCCAUCUGCGUUCAUUCUUCGACCUGUGGGAUGCAUUCGUAUUGCAGGCGGUGCAGACGGGCCAGCCCUACAUCUCUGACCACCUGAUGUUUGAGAUCAUGCAGCUGCUUCAGUGGAGGGACCGCUUCUGGAACGCGUGUAACACUCUGCCUGCGGACGCUCGGGGCGUGUGCGUGCUCUCCUUACACUGGCAGUGGGUGCAUAAGAACCUCAUACUGCGACUGCCGCAGCUUUUGAUGGGUGAUAGCGACUAUGAAGGGCAACAGGAACUGCACACCAUCUCAACGGCCAUCCAGAAUACUCUCUCCAGCUCUGUGGCUGUGGCCUCUGCAUUGAAAGGCAUUCAGAAAACAUUAGGAAAGCCACUACCCUUCAAGUUGGAGGCUGUGGCUGAAUGUGCAGCCCAGCUGCGAGUGCUAUGCAGGGCACUGGAUGUCAGGGACCUGCGCCUCGACAACAGCCUCACAUCGCUAUGGAAACAGGAGGUGUCUCGUCUCCGGGGUGUUGCCAUGGGGAUUGACUCUAAAGAGGCUCUGCUGGAAGCUUGGGGUCUGGUGCUUCAGGCCAACCUUCUCCUGGAGCCUCAGAAUUCAGGUGUUCUGGAGAGGCUUGUGAGCUGUGUGGAUCAGCAGCAGGGUCACAUGACUUCAUGCGGUCUGUUGGACUGUUUGUCUGAAGUGAACGAGGAGGAUGUGGGAGACAGCGCCGCUCCAGACAGGGAGGUGUUACUGCAGCUUGCACGCAGGGCUCAGUUAUGGCCAGCGCUGGAGCAGCUAGCAGUGCUGAAUCAGAUGAGAGUCACCACAGAAUUGCUGCACCUGUCUGUUACACCGGGGGGCAGUAAGCAGGCAGAAGCUGGUCUUCGCAGGUCCCUCUCUAACCAUCUGCGUUUCUGCAUGCAGUCCACACCCAUGAACAUCAGACAGCUGCAGCCUCUCUGGUUCUUGCUUGGCACCGAACGGCCUGUGGAGGAGCUAUCGCUUGUGUGGUGCGAGCUGCUGUCAGAAACACUGGCAGCACUGUGGAGUGGCAGUGUGACCUCUGACCCUGAGCGCUGGCUCAAGUGGAAUCCACUGAACCCAGAGGAACAAAGGACCUCAAGAUCGCUGCUGGGCCCAUCUAAUACGGGUCCUGCCAUGCUGAGUCGUGCAGUGUGGUCCCGGUGCAUGCUGGGAGUUCUUAGCAACACUGACAUGGGCGGAAGAUGGGAUCCGUCGGGCUCACACUUCCUGUCAUCAUCGAGGGUGACCCUGGGGGAUUGGAGAGAGAGAACCGGGCAGCUACAGGAUCUAAGCGCUGUGAUCUGGGACAAUAUGGCUAUGACUGAGCUUGCGGACUUUAGAUUGACUGACCGCUGGUUACAAGGCCUUGUUCUGCGCAGACAGCUGCAGUCUCUGUCUGAGUUGCUGUCACCAGGGUUACAGGAGAGCUAUGCUGAAUCCUGUGAAAGUCUUACUGAAGGCCAGGACCCUGUCAGGGCUGCCCAGGAGAUUCAGACUGCCCUCAGAGAAGGCCUGCCUGAAAACCUGCUCCCAGAUGGCUUCCUGGAUACCAUAGUGACAUGCCUGACCCAGUUUGCCCAUAACCGGGCACAAGAUUCAGUCCAGCUUGCCCGCUCUGGGGUUUUCUGGGUGAAUAUGGGUCUACUGCAAAUCCAAGUCUGGGCUCCGCAAACUAUUUUUGACCCUGCUGUGAAAAGAGCGUAUAAACUCCGCUACGCACAAGAGGAGCUUGCUUUGCUGCAAGAAGAGUGGAGAGGGCGGAGUCUCUCCUCUCAGCUGCUCACAGGGGCGGAGCUAGAAGAAAGUAGCACUACUGAUAGCUUUCAGCAUCCUCGCAUUAGGUACUUGUGGAUCCGUAUGCAGCAGGUGAAAGAGCAAAUUUGUGAGCUGAGUCGUAAACAAGCCUGUCGCCCGCCUGAUCCUCAAUACUGUCACUUGUAUCAGGAACUUCAGCAUUACCUGUGCAGCAUCGGCCAACCGGCCGCAGUGGGCGAUCUGCUCUCACACCUCCUAAAGGCCUUACAGGCCCCAGGGUCAAAAUCAAGACUGGGGAUUCAGGGUCUGCUGAAAGAGGAGGCCGUCUGGCAGGCGUCACAGCUGCGCUUUGCCCAGCGACUGGUUGAGGAUUACCCUCUGUAUCCUGAUGUAGUGGUGCCUUUGCGAGCUGCAAUUUUGCAGGUGCAGCAUGGUAUGCGACUCCUGGCAUCUCAGGUGUCCUCCACGCUGACCACCCUUCCAUGUCUGAUGCGGCUUGUGUCCACUAUGUUGGCCUUUCCAAGCCCGAUUGCAGCCUCUGGUCUGGCCUGCGCAGACUUCCUGUGUUCGAAGGAAUGCAUGCAGAUGCUUAAAGGCUUGGGAAAGCAGCUGCCACCAACAGAGGUCAGUCGUGUGGUUCCGGAUCCUGCGGUCUUGCUGUUGAACGCACUGCUAUAUGUACAAAGUCACGCGCUGAGUGCAGGACAUCUCGGCGAAGAGACGCGAAGACUUUUCAGACACGUUUGUCAGGCUAUUGUGAACGAAUGGGACGAGCAGGAGAAGAAAGCGAGAGAAAAAGAGCAGAUGGAAGCCAGUCUGUAUCGCAGUCGCUCUCGGCUGCAUGGAACAGGCCUCACAGAAGACCAGCAGGAUGAGAGAGAGUUCAGACGUUCCUUCCCCUCCUAUCAUAAGGAUUUCGCUGAUAUCACGUCAGAACCGAGUCUUGAUCAGCCAAUCAUCAUAGAGGAUGAUGAUGAUGCAGAUAUGGAGGAGGAGUCUAGUCAGACAAGCAGCUUCCUAAUGGUCAGCAACAUGAGCAUAGUUGUCCAAGUCCAUCAGAGACUCUGCUUAUCUUACGCUCAGUCGCUGUGGUACCAGCCUGAUCCACCAACCAAUCACACUAAAGAACAUAUCAGUGCCCUGGUUUCAUCCUAUCAGAUCACAGCUCCGCUGAUCGCUCGCUUUUACCAUCUAAUGGACUGUGAAGUAGACCCUAAGUUGAUGGGCUCUCAGCUCCUGCUCAGCACUUUACUCCAGAACACAGUAAGCGGUUCCGGAGGUCCAGCUGGACUGAUCCUGCAGAGCAAUGGUCCAUAUGACUUCUACAGAGAUCCUAAUAUGAGUCAGGCUCGCGUCUGUCUGCCAGCGCUGGAACAGCUCAACAAGGCGGUGAGACAGCGUCUGGAUGACUGGCCAGACCACCCUGCUCUUGUACAGAUCACUGUGGUGAUAGAGAGGAUAUUGGCAUUCAGUCUUUCCAGCCCACUGGCAAAGUUCCUAAAUGGUCUGGAGAUCCUGCUCAGCAAAUCUCAGGACUGGGAAAACAACGCAAGCCGAGCUGUGUCUCUUAGGAAUGAGCUGGAAGCCGUCACACAACUCAUCAUUCAAUGGAGAAAACUUGAGCUUAAUUGCUGGUCGAGCAGUCUGGAUAAUGCAUUGAAGCGACAUGCUGAGAACUCCAUCAAGCACUGGUUCUCCAUUUACCAGCUCACAGAGAAAUACUUACAGGACUCCAGAGAUGAGGGUGAUGUGGAGUAUCUUUCCCUCUCCUCCGUCUCAUCCACCCUACAGGCCUUCAUAGAAGGUUCCACCCUAGGAGAGUUUCAUACCCGCUUGUCCAUGUUGCUUGGUUUUCACUGCCACAUACUGUUGGCUCCUAAACAGGAAGGCAAUGACUCACUCUGCAGUCUGCUGUGGAAUCUCUUCAAAUACUACAGCCAGUUCAAGGACAGCAUUCAGACCAAAAUCUCCCAGCUGAGAUCACCUAUAGAGAAAGAGCUCAAAGACUUUGUCAAAAUCUCAAAGUGGAAUGAUGUCAGUUUUUGGUCCAUCAAGCAGUCAGUGGAGAAAACACACAGGACCCUGUUUAAGUUUGUAAAGAAGUUUGAGGCUACGCUGAAGGAGCCGUGUGCUCCGUGUCUGGUGGAGCAGGGCAGUGAAAGCAGCAUGGAUGGGGUGGAUUCACAACCUGAGGAGACUCCACUGCACAGGGUUCACAGGGCACUGAGAGGAGCCCUACCUGGAAAGAGCAGAGAUCUGCAGGUUGAUGGUCAUGAGGAGCUGUCAUCUGACCCCUCAUCUCUUCAAGCCCGACUGCCUGUCCUCACAAGGAAGAUGCGAAAGUUGUGUGUCCAGCUGGUAAAGAAGACCUCUGUGCCUGAACUAUCAGAAGAUCUGGAUAUGUUUACAGCUGAGCUCAUUGCAAACGUGCAGGCCCUGCAGAGUCUGACGGUGGACCGCAGUGUAGAGCAAGAGAAGCAGAAGUCAGAGGUCAAACACAUCCUCCAGCAGAAACAAAGAGCGCUGUCUGAUCUCUUCAAGAAGCUUGCGCAGAUCGGUCUGUCGUACCGUAAGGGUCUUAUGUGGGGUCGUACCGCAAACCCUGAAGAGACGAUAUGUCUGCAGCCGAUCGAGUUGAAGACGACCCUCUCUGCAGUGAAAACGCACGACAACACAGAGCACACAUUGUUCGCAGAGAUAACGAACGCAUGGGAAGGCUGUGAAAAGUAUUUCUACCGGUCAUGGGCUAGACGUAACGCCAUGCUAACGGCGUUACAAAGUGCAGUUAAAGAGCUUGGACUCGGGAAUCUGGAGCGUUGCCGUGGUUUCUCCUCUCAUCUGUUUAAACUGUUGCUGAGGCAAAGACGAAGACUCGCUGGGCUCACUGAGCGCUGGGUUCAGCUCAGGAAUCUGAUAGACAGUGUCCAGAGCAUCCACAUGUCUGGCUCUGAAGAUGACACCAGUGGUCUCCCUCCUCAGGACCCUCUUCACCAGUGGAUCAGCAGAGCUCAGUCUUUAGCCCUGCAGUGUUCUGUUGCUCUGCAGCAGCUCUCUUGGAUUCUCCAGUGUUGUCCCGAAGGCUGUUCUGCACCUGCCACACAGGCCAGGGAGGGGGAGGUUGUGCAGGGUCAAGCCACCCUGAGCCACCCUUCACCCCUGGCCCCUCACAUCCAGCCACAGGCGUGUUUGAUGAGGAGAGGAGAGCAGGCUUGGAAGGAGGUCGAGCAGAAAGUGGAUAACCUUAUGAAGGAGGUGAAAGAUCUGAAAGAGUCGUUGGACGGAUUAGCCAAAGAGUCUACAGAAAGAGUCAUACAUAGCUGGGAUCACUUCACACUUUGCUGUUUGUCUCUGGACCGGCUGGGUGCUGUGGUGGGCCAGAUGCCAGCCCUCGAACAGCUCUUUAUCCCUGACGGGGUCCCGGUCAGCCAUACCCAGCCCGCCCUGACGCGUGGUCUCCAGGCCGCGAGGACCGGGGUAGAGACCUGCCUCACAGAGUUCACCACCUGGAAAACUCACUUGCUGUCUAUCAGACAGUCACAAAAAUUGCGUUCCCAUCCAUUUUCCGUCGAGUUCUCUGAGCGGUUGGAGAAAGCGAUAAAUGUGGUUCUGUGUGCGGUUCAGAAUCUGGUUAAGAGGAAGGAGAGAGAUGAUCAAGAGGACAAACAGUCAGAAAGCAAGAGAGAGAGUGACUCCGAGAUAUUAGAGGAGCUCUUGAAACCAGGACACUUGAGCAGAUUACUGGAAGAGGACCUGAGUGGAGAUGUGUCCAGCCUCUCACUACCCGAGGUCAACGGGGUCUUAACAGACCUGCUCCAGAGACUUCGAUCACAUAGGGAUGCAUGUAAACCCCAUCAACUGCAGGAACUGAGAGAGGCCUGUAGUGGUUUAGUACGCCUGGAACCCAUGUUGUGUGUGUACUCGGAGCUGGUGCGCUAUUAUCUGGCUGUCGUAAUGGGGGCUCACCGUGCCACAGGCAAACUGCUGUCUGUUCUCUCGAACAUCUUCACUGAACUCGCACAGAAGGGGUUCUGUCUGCCCCAAGAGCUGAUGGGAGGAGAUGGUGAAGGAGCGACACACUUCCAUGAUUAUGAGGAUGGAGGAAUAGGAGAGGGAGAAGGAGUAAAAGACAUCAGUGACAAGAUUGAGAAUGAGGAACAGGUUGAAGACACCUUCCAGGAAGGUCAGGAUAAGAAGGAGGAGGAGCAGGACCAACGUGAUAUUGAAGAGGAAGAUAAUGCUAUUGAGAUGUCUGAAGACUUUGAUGGAAAAAUGCAUGACGGCGUGGACAAGGAGCCAGGAGAGGAUGAGGAAGACUCUGAUAAGGAGGAGGAUGAAGAGCUGGAUAAGAAGAUGGGAGAUUUGGGUGAUGGUCAGGGGGAUACUCUGGAUGAGAGAAUGUGGGGAGAUGAUGAUGAUGAUGAAGAGGAUGUUGGCAGUGAUAAAGAAGAAGAGUCAGGUGCAGGGAUGGAUCAGGGAGAGUCAGAGCUGGUUGCAAAGGAUGACAACACGGAUGCUGGAGAUUCGAAGGAUAAUAAGAACAAGGACAAAGAUCAACCAAAAGAUGAAGAAGAGAAAGAGAAAAUCCAUGAACAACUAGACGAGCGGGAAUUUGAUGAGAAUGAGGUAGACCCGUACCACGGUAAGCAGGAGAAGAAGGCAGAGCCCGAAGCCAUGGACCUGGGAGAUGAGCUCAACCUUGAUGAAGAUGACAAAGAUGAAGAGGAGGGUGAUGGUGAUGGUAAUGAGGACAAUCCAUUUGACAUUGAUGACAAACCCAUGGAGGUGGAUGAGAAAACAGGAGAAGAGAAAGAUGGAUCAGAUGAACCUGGAGAAGAAAUGAAGGACGAGGAACAAAAUGGUCAGACGGAAGAACAUGGAGAGGAGGAGAAACCAGAUGAGGAAGAAGGCGGAGAAAAAUCACAAGACCAAAACUCUGAAACCGAUGAGAGAGGCGAGAAUGAGGAAGAGGAGAAUGAGGAGGAAAAAAACAAAGGACAGGAAGAAGGGCGAGACGAGGACAGAUCCAUACCAGCAGAUCAAGGCCAGGAACCAAAGCAGGAGGAGGAAGAGGGUGGCGAGGGUGAUGAUGCUCCGAUUGAGUCCGCAGAGAGGAAGGAACAUGCGUCCGACGGGCAGACGGGGGAGGAGAACAUUCAGAGUGAUAAUGCAGUAGAGCUGGCUGGAGCCGCUUCAGAAAAAGACCAGGCCAAAGAGGAUCACGGCAGUGGGGCGGCUGAUGCCAAUCAGUCAGAGGGACACGACUCCAAGCUGAUGGCCAGGAUGAGUUCACAAAAACAAAGGCAGGAAAACACACAGAGUUUUAAGCGUAAACCUGGCCAUGCUGAUAAUGAGCGCUCGAUGGGCGAUCACAAUGAGCGUGUAAAUAAGCGUUUGCGUACUGUGGAGAACAGAGAGGAGAGAACGAAGGAGCAGACUCAGGCUGACACAAAACAGGAGUCAGACUUAUAUGAGCAUGUUAAACAGGGAGAGGAUCAGUUUGACGCACAAACAUAUGAUGCUGCCAGUGCAGAGCAGCAGAAGCCAACUGGCAUGAAACAGGAAGUAGAGGAGGAGGAAGAAGAUGACAUUGCUAUAGAAAUGGAGGAAGAGCAGGACCUGCAAGCAGUUGAAGCAAAGGAGCUCAAGCCAGAGAAACAAGAUGACAAUAAUGCUUCCAAAAAAGGUCUGGAGUGUGGAGACAUGGAGGCACAAAAUCCGGCUAAUGAGGAACAGGAGGAGAAGCCUGAGACGCAGAGGAGCCGUGAUGAAGAGGAGCUGAAAGAGAGAACCACUGAGUCCACCAUCCACACUGUACCUGAACUACUAAUGGACAUGCAAAUGGAGCCAUUGAAGAACCCAGAAGAGCUGAGAAGAGAGAUGGAGCUCCAGCUAGAGGCGUGGCAAAGACAGACUUUGGGAUCACAGGAAGAGGAGAGCGCUGCAACAGCGAUGUGGCAUCAGUAUCAGGCCUUGACGUCUCCUCUGUCCCAGCAGCUCUGUGAACAGCUGAGGCUCAUCCUGGAGCCCACGCAGGCAGCCAAACUCAAGGGAGACUACCGCACAGGUAAACGGUUGAACAUGCGCAAGGUCAUUCCGUACAUCGCCAGUCAGUUCCGGAAGGAUAAGAUCUGGCUGAGAAGAACUAAACCGAGCAAGAGAAACUAUCAGAUCUGUCUGGCCGUGGAUGACUCUUCCAGCAUGGUGGACAACCACACAAAGCAGCUGGCGUUUGAGUCCGUCUCUGUUAUAGUAAAUGCUCUGACUCUGCUAGAGGUGGGCCAAGUUUCUGUGUGCAGCUUUGGAGAGACUGUCCAGCUUCUCCAUCCCUUCCAGCAACAGUUCAACGAUCAAAGUGGAGCAAAAAUACUGCAGCUCUGUCAGUUCCAGCAGAAGAAGACCAGAAUAGCUCAAUUUUUAGAGACUUCAACAAAUAUGUUUGUGGCAGCCAGAGAGCACAACCCUGGCUCUACAAACACUGAGACGUCUCAGUUAUUGCUGAUAGUUUCUGAUGGCAGGGGUUUGUUUUUGGAAGGGAAAGAGAGAGUCGCAGCUGCCGUUCAGGCAGCACGGAGUGCGAACAUCUUUGUGAUAUUUGUAGUGCUGGACAACCCUAACUCUAGGGAUUCAAUAUUGGAUAUUAAAGUGCCCAUAUUUAAGGGACCGGGUGAGCUUCCAGAAAUCCGGUCUUACAUGGAGGAAUUUCCCUUUCCCUUCUACAUGAUCAUGAGAAAUGUGAACGCUCUCCCAGAGACACUCAGCGAUGCGUUGAGACAGUGGUUUGAGCUUGUGACCGCUACAGACCAAUAAUAGACCAGACAGAUGCCAUUCUGAAGGGGCCGGAAAACAACUGAACAACAGAAGUUCUGCUGCUAGACCUCCUAAACAUGAAUACACGCACACACACACAAACACAAAGAGGCUGCUGUACAUGUGCCUUUUUUCUUAAUUUUAGUAUUAUUUUAUUGAAUUUGUAGUUUUGGGAUGAAGUGGUUUCUCUUGUCAAUCACCACAAUGUGUAGGAAUUGGUUUCUCUCACUAUCAUCAGUUUACUUUGCAUGUCUUUUCUUUUUUCUUCAACACUGCAAGCAAAUGUGGAAAAACUUCCGUUGAACUGAGUGAAUGUUGACUGAAGAUGCUCAAUAGUAUUUGACAUCCUCUCUAGUUCUAUGUUCUUCUGCUUUGUAAAUGUGAAUUCAGUUCAUUUCGUUCAUUUUGUACUGCCAUGGUUGUUUUUAUAAUAUGUGCAAAAAGUCUAACUACAUGUCAGUAAUAGUCUCUCCAGAUACACAUAAAUGUGCCUUGAUAGUAUAAAAUCCCACAUAUCCAACUUGACCAUUCUCAAUGAAAACUGAUCAACUUUGAUCCUGAUUCAUUUGCUGUGUACAAUUUAAAGUAUUCUGACUUGUGUACCUUCAGUUGUGACUUCUAAUCACACCCAAAAGCACAACUGCUGCCAGUGAAGACAGCUUUUUGAAGAAUUUUGUAACAUUUCUGUGAAUUCAGUUGACACUGUAACAAGUAAUUCAAUAACUGCAUCUCUUUACCAGACAUAUCUAGUAAUACACAAGUUCUGAAACAUUUUGCACAUUUCUGUGGUCAGUCUGUAUUCAGUGUCCAAGAAGGAAGCAUCAAGACAUUAAAUAUGUUGUCAUGUACAUACCGUCCAAAUCCAGCAGACAUCUGCUAUCCAUCGGUAUUGUCAUCAUUUGGUUCAUUAAAUUGAUAAUUGUGCAUAACCGUGCAAAUAACAAUAAAACCUUUGGACAUGUUGUCAUUA